AUGAGCAGCACUCAGGAGGUCUUGUUGGAGGAGGGUAAUUUUAUAGGGUCGGGCCCUCUUAUGGAUUUAGAGGAAUUGGACCAUCAUCUAGAAUCAAUACUUGCCUCUCCGGCUGAUAUCACGAGAACUCUUCCAGCAGCUCUCCUUGCGGACUCCUUCAAAUCAUAUAAUCCCAGGCUAUCUACCUCAAGAGACACCCCGAAGACAGAAUCUGAAAUAGUUGUUCGAAUUGACGGUAUGGACGUAUCUUCGGAUAAUAUGGCCUCUGCGCCUGUAUCACGACAAGAUCCUGCGUCUCAUCACAGUCAAUCACCAUCAAUAAAUUCCAAGUCUUCAAAGGCUCACGAGAACUCUGGAAAUUCAUUCGGGUCAUCAACUUCGACCAUGUCAGAUCAGUCAGAAUUGACAUCUCCACCAUCAUCGUCGCAUUCAAGUAAAGCGACAACGCCUAUUGACAUGGGUUCGUUACAAGAGCCGCUGAUGACCCACAUCGACAAUAAAACCACAACUAAGGCAAAAAGACGCCCAUUCGACGUGCGACCACGAGUAUCUAUCCCGACAGACAUCUCUCCACAUGAGUAUGCCAACCAAUGCAUAGCCGCAGCCGAGUCUUCUCGACUAAAUCCUUAUGCUCUACAUCAGGAUGAGUACUUGAUGUUGAGAAAUCAUCUCAGUCAUGCUCAGGUGACUACCUAUCUGAACAUCCGAAACGGGAUCCUACGAUUAUGGUUGAAUAACCCUCGAAUCGGAGUUUCUCGUGAAGAAGCUAUUGGAUGUGCCAAAGAUCCAAGAUGGUUCGACGCUGCAAGCGUAUGCUAUGACUGGCUCCUUCGAUCAGGAUAUAUCAACUUCGGCUGCGCAGAAGUUUCCUCAGCUCAGAAGCGGCCGACGAACGUCAAAACGAGCAAAAAGGGAAAGACAGUAGUUGUCAUUGGUGCCGGAAUGGCUGGCCUGGGGUGCGCAAGGCAAUUAGAGAGCUUAUUUGGCCAAUAUGAUAAACGAUUUCAGCAUUUGGGAGAGGAAGCUCCGAGGAUAAUUGUCCUCGAGGGUCGAAAUCGCCUAGGCGGUCGUGUGUACUCACGUGCACUUGAUGGCAGCAAAAGUCAACAUCUGAUAGGAUUUCAAGGCCGGCGGCAUAGUGUAGAGUGUGGAGGCAUGAUUAUCACUGGAUUCGAGCGAGGUAAUCCACUAAAUAUUUUAGUGAGAGGACAGAUGGCCUUGCCUUAUUAUGCUUUACGACCUGACACCACCCUCUACGACGCCAAUGGCAAGGCUGUGGACGAUGUACGGGAUCGCCUUGUCGAAAAGCUUUACAACGAUUGUCUUGAACGAGUAAGCGACUAUAAGUUUAAGAACCCGCCGUCCAAACUCAUUGAAGGCAACAAGGACCUGAUGGAUGAAGGUCGGGAUAGUUCAUCUGAAGGUCAAAAGACUAUCGCUCAGGUUGAAGAGGCAACGGCCGCUCUCCCGCAGGCACCACCGGUCUCAGAGCAGAGCUUAGGGCCUCAGAUCAGUCUCGUCCCCGUCUCUACGGACCGAGCAACUGGUAGAACCCAUGUCAAGCCGGGCACCCCAGCUACCCUCAAGGCAGCCUUUAAAGCGCAUCUGAUGGGUUGGGCGCUCAAGGAACAUGUGACUGAGGACUAUGAUUUAGACCUUGAGACAGCAGCCAAAGCUCCUAAUGCCACCCUUGGCUCUGUCAUGGACGAGGCGAUUACGCAGUACAAGAAUAUCGUUGAUCUUACGCCCCAAGACUUUCGACUUAUGAAUUGGCACAUAGCCAAUCUCGAGUAUAGCAACGCAACCAAUUAUAAUCAACUGAGCAUCGGAGGCUGGGAUAUCGAUGCUGGUAACGAGUGGGAAGGUAAACACACAAUGGUGGUUGGUGGCUACCAAGAUGUCGCAUGGGGUCUGGCAAAUAUGCCUUCGCGAUUAGACGUUCGGAAGAAUACUAGCGUUAAACAAAUAUUCUACGAUCCCGAUGGACUAAAAGCUGCACGUGUCGAAUGCGAAGAUGGCUCGACCUUUGAGGCAGACUAUGUGGUUUCUACGAUUCCUCUCGGAGUUCUCAAGCAUGGCAAUGUUGAAUUCAACCCUCCCCUGCCGCCUUCCAAAGCAGGCGCUAUUAGUCGCUUGGGUUACGGUAUUCUUAACAAAAUCAUUCUAGUCUACGCAGAGGCUUUUUGGGAUACGAGCAGAGACAUCUUCGGUUGCCUACGAACUCCAAACUCUCGCCAUAGCCUCAAGCAGUCUGAGUACACUUCACAGCGUGGGCGUUGCUUCCAGUGGUUUAACACGUCAAAUACAAGUGGCAUCCCAGUACUUAUUGGACUAAUGGCUGGAGAUGCUGGCUUUGAUACUGAACAUUCCAACAAUGACGAGCUCGUAGCUGAAGCCACCGAGGUCCUUCAGAGCGUAUAUGGUGCUAAAGUUCCCCAACCGAUCCAUUCGAUCGUCACACGCUGGGGUUCUGACAAAUUUGCUCGAGGGUCUUAUUCCUCUGCCGGCCCUUCGAUGCGUCCGGACGACUAUCAAACGAUGGCUAAAUCAGUUGGCAACUUAUUCUUCGCAGGCGAGCAUACAACCGAGACUCACCCUGCUACAGUACAUGGCGCAUACCUAUCUGGACUACGCGUAGCGUCGGAAGUAAUCGAUGCUAUGAUCGGCCAAAUCGAGGUCCCCACUCCGCUGAUACCACGUAAAGAGUCCGCUUUCUCUUCCCAGGGGUUGAAGCGCAAGGAGCCUGGAGAUGGUCCAUCAGCCAUCUCCCCCAAAUCCAACAAACAGGCUCGCAUUGAUGAGUAUGAGGCCGCAGUUUGGCGACAUGUCAUAGCGGCAAUCGGGGAGCGACCUUGGCGACCCCAGAAAGUUGCGGGAAAUGCCUAUCUUCUAUAUAGUAAGGCGUUCUUCGAGGCGGCACGCAAGCGGUGUGCAGAGGGCCGCCGAGCUGGCAAGGGCAAGCCGGGUCCAAACGAAGUACGAGUCAUGACAAGUAAAAUGUGGAAGGAGGCGACUCCUGAAGAUCGAAAACCGUUUGAAGAUCAAGCGUCCGAUCAAAAGCAGAAGUAUAAUGAAGCAUUAAAGGCCUGGGAAGCGAAGAUCAAGGAAUGGGAUCAGCGUUACCCCAUAGUAAGAAGCGAAUAUGAAAAAGACCAUAAGCUCGUGUUCGAGGACGAGGGAAGCCCUACUAGUGAGAGCGGAAGGGAACGGAGACGCGCUAAGGUCAGCAACUAUGCUGAGAGUGAGGGAAGUGAUAUCGACAUGGAGGAGUAA